GUUAAUGCGGUUCGGUUGAAGGAUGGCGCAGCCAGUGGUGUUGACCCUCAUUGGUUUCACCAAGAUCCACCGUCCAUGGUGGCCGGACCUAGCUUAACGAAUCCAAUAAUCUUCCCUCCAAUUCCGAUUCCGAUUCCGAUUCAUCGUCACAGACAUAGAUGAUGAAGUUGUUAAAGUUCCAGCUACACACUUCGCAUUCACAUGGUCUUUCUCUCCAAUGCCAAUGCCAUCUCCAUCGUUCCCAACCCUCAAACGCUUCAAAUACUCCAACCUUUGCAUCGCAAAGCCCCUUCUCUCUAACUCUUCCCUUUCCGAAACCGUUUCUUCUCUCGACCUUUUCCGCCUCAAGGGCAUUCGCUUACCCUCUCGCGUUCUCGCCACCCUCCUGCGUCAGUGUUCCAAAACCAGGUCUUAUCGAGAGGGAAAGUUGGUUCACCUCCAUUUGAAGCUCACAGGUUUCAAACGCCCUCCACCGCUUUUAGCUAACCAUUUGAUAUGCAUGUACUUCAGCUGCGGCGAUUUCGUUCAGGCACGCAAGGUGUUCGACAAAAUGGAGGUGAGAAAUUUGUACACUUGGAACAAUAUGCUUUCUGGAUAUGCUAAAUUGGGCAUGAUGAAGCAAGCUAGGAGCUUCUUCUAUCGAAUGCCUCAAAGGGAUUAUGUGUCUUGGAAUACGAUGGUGACUGGGUAUGCACACAGUGGCAGAUUUGGUGAGGCUUUGAGAUUUUAUGGACGGUUUAGGAGAUUGUCUAUUGGGUAUAAUGAGUUUAGCUUUGCCGGUGUAUUGAUUGUUUGUGUAAAAUUGAAAGAGCUUGAACUUUGUAGGCAGAUCCAUGGGCAGGUUUUAGUUAUCGGGUUUUUAUCCAAUGUGGUUAUAUGCAGCUCAAUUGUUGAUGCUUAUGGCAAGUGUGGGAAGAUGGAUGAUGCUAAGAGAUUAUUUGAUGACAUGACCGUGAGGGAUAUUCCUGCAUGGAUGACAUUAUUUUCGGGUUAUGCUGCAUGGGGGAACAUGGAAUCAGCUGCUGAAUUGUUUAUUCAGAUGCCUAAGGAGAAUUCUUGUUCGUGGACAUCAUUGAUCAGUGGUUAUGCUAGAAAUGGUCAGGGUCAUGAAGCACUUGGAGUGUUUAGAAAGAUGAUCAGGCAUCAAGUUAGACCUGAUCAAUGUACAUUCAGUAAUUGCCUCUUUGCUUGUGCCACUAUUGCUUCACUGAAGCAUGGGAAACAAAUACAUGCGUUUUUGGUGCGAAAUAACAUCAAACUUAAUACUACUCUCAUUAGUGCAAUUGUUGACAUGUAUGCAAAAUGUGGAAGCAUAGAAACUGCCAGGCGAGUUUUUAAUUUCAUUGGAAAUAAGCAAGAUGUAGAGUUGUGGAACAUGAUGAUAUCAGCUCUGGGUCACUAUGGCUAUGGUAUAGAAGCAGCUAUGAUGCUAAAUGAUAUGCUAAGAUCAGGAGUGAAGCCAAAUAGGGCUACUUUUGUUGUCAUUCUUAAUGCUUAUUGUCAUUCAGGUCUUGUUCAGGAAGGGCUUCAGUUUUUCACGUCCAUGACUUGUGAGCAUGAUGUUGUCCCUGACCAAGGACACUAUGCAUGCUUAAUUGAUCUUUUGGAUCGAGCUUGGUAUUUUAAAGAAUCAGUGAAGGAUCUGCAAAUGAUAGAUUGUAAUCCAGGGAACCAUGUUUGGAAUUCUUCAAUUGGUGUAUGUAGAAUGCAUGGAAAUACAUAUUAUGGAAGAGAAGUAGCUGCAUUCCUUAUUAAAUUGCAGCCGCUCUCCUCUGCUGCCUACACAUUACAUUCAAGUAUAUAUGCUGCACUUGGGAAAGGGAAACUGGUUGAGAAAACCAGACAUAUUUUGGAUGAGAAAUGUGUGAGGAAAGAUCAGGCCAUUAGUUGGAUUGAAAUUGAUAAUAAAGUUCAUACUUUCACCGUAUUAGAUGGGUCACACCCUCUGAAGGAAACAAUAUACUCAUCUUUGGGGCACUUGAGUAACCACAUGGAGGACCAUGCCCCAUUACUUAGCUUCCAAAUGUGAAAGUUAGAGAAAAAUUUUUUUCUGGUAGAUCAUUUUUUGUAGAGCAGGAAUAUAUUUUCCAUUUAUUAAGUUUUUAUUCUUUUUCUUUUUUACUUUCUCUUUACUGAUCCUAGAUUUUGCUGAGUUUAACUUCCACGUUGGUAUACUUAAAAGAUGUUGCCUCAAAGGAAAACUGAGGAAUGAGAACAGGGGUGGGUAGAACCAAAGAAGACAGUUCAUUUUCAUGAAUGAGUUUUUGCUUCCUUUUCUUACCCAUUAUUUUGUUUGUAUUUUUCUCCAACGGAAUAAAAUAAGAAAA